AACAGGCAUCUCGAUACCUUAUAGAAAUAAACUAAGACUAUGUGUAGUAUGAAUAAUAGAUUUUCUAGAAUGUAUUACUACUAUUACUAUUAGACUAGAUCUAGAGUCUAGAAUAGUCUAGAUCUAUGUGAUUUAAUAGAUCCGUCUAGAUCUAUAUAUUCUUAUUAUAUAUAUAAAUAAAACCGUAAAUACUUAAAUUUAAAAUAGUCUACUCUUAGCCAAUUAUUUUAAUAAUGAAUAAAAUUAAAUUUGAUCGUUCAUGUCCAUGAUGAUGACCAUGACUUUAAACUUCAGUCUUCACAUAUCAGACUCAGUAAACUCAGUUCUGAACUUCAUUGUCACUUCAACUUAUUAACUUCAAGUCACCACCUCGUCGGCGUCUUGAGUUGAGACAAUCAUCACAAGUUGAGUCAAGACUUGACCUGUGAAAAUACACAAGGCAAAUGCCUGGAGGGCGAAGAAUUUUUUCAAGAAUUCAGGCUAGCAAUGGAAAAGGAUCAUCAACCAAUGCAAGCCAUGGACCAGAUGAUCGUGAUGGAAAUCUAAUUCCACUUGCCUCAUUGGUAGUUCUUCCCAAGCAUAGUCAGUUGCCUGAUAUACCUGGCGAUGGCAACUUGUACUUUGAGUGCAUGUUGUUUGUGUUUGGUGUCAUCAUGAUGAGCCUGCAGUACAUUAAUCUAUACAAGACAGUCUGGUGGCUCCCUCAGUCACAUGCACAGUAUGCAUUGAACUUUUAUCUUAUAGAUUUCUAUCUUGUUGGUUUCAUAUGCAUUGUCCUCUCCACACGUUUACUCAUUUGCCUUGUUCAAGAGGUUCAAGGUAUCAAGCUAUUCACCUGGUUUCUUCAGAUGUUCAAAAUUCUUUUGGUUCUUGGUGCUGUCACUGGAUUUUGUUUUACCAUUUAUCAGGUGGUUCUAGAGCAUGGGCCUAAAACUUGCCUGUUCUUAUGCUACCCUGCUGUAAUUUACUUGGUAUUAUUUGGAUUAGCCAUUAAACCAUUAUAUCAGCGCUAUCAAGCAUGGCCAAAACCUGCUUAUGGUGUAGACAGACAGACUGUGCCUGCAAAGUGUAAAAAUAAAGAAGAGACAUCUCUUGGACAUACAUGUACUUUGACGCCAGAUGUGGUCAGGGAAGAAGUUGACUUACUCAAGAAAGAUUUCAAUUGCAGACUAAAGCAGGUUCUCUUUAACUCUCUGACUACAUCAUUUUAUGCUACUGGUGUCCCUGUUUGGUUUUCACAGAAUGCACACAGUAACUGUGAUGCAUGCUGGAAUACUUUAUAUUAUGACUCCCUGUGGAUGUGGCAACAUGUUUGCCUGACCUGGCUGAGUGCUGUUCUUAUGCUCACCUGUCACUUCCUGCCUCCUCAAUAUUUGCACCUUCUGCACAAGAGUGCCAGACAUCUUGGGAGAUGGCAGAGAAUGGAGGCAAGGCAUGCUCAUGUUCCUUACAAUGCCUGGUCAGAGCUUCAAGUCUGGCCACAAGGAGCACUUGUCAAACAUGUGAGAGGCUUAUUUAAAGCUGAAGGUAUCAAUGUAACAGCAGAACCUGGCAACAGUUUACAUAGCAGAUUUUAUAUGUUAUUCCAUCAGCCAAUGAGAGUGAUGAACUGGCUUGUGUUUUUAACUUGUUUGGUAGUGGGCUACCAGUUUUUUUGUUUAGUUCAAAGUUCAGAGUGGAGUCAUGUUGUGUCAUUAGCUCUGCUGAUGUUCUGCAAUUUCUAUACUCUCUUCAAGCUCAUGAGAGAUUGGUUUAUCAUGGGCAAAGUGUACAAAGAUCAUGACUAUGGAUUGACUAAUUAGUCACUGUUAUUUAUUCAAUAAGCUGAACAUUUUUUGUUGUAAUAAACAUGUCACAAAU